AUAGUCACCAUUUUUCUCCCUCACAGGCCGAAAAUGGAAAGAAAUGAAGCAAGAACAGAGAGAUCCCUUCUUGAAAGAAGCCGAACGGCUCCGUCUCCUGCACAUGAAAGAACACCCGGAUUACAAAUAUCGGCCGAGACGGAGAAAAAACCCCAAACGGAACAUUAAGCGACCUGGGGGCUCAAAUAGCGGAUCUGGUUCCAACAAUAGUCCAAGACCUGGUGCCAACAGCCAUCACCACCAAAACAGUAGUAAUAGCAAUAGUAAUAAUAGUCAUGGUGCUGGUUCUGCUGUGGGUAGCAACUCCGGAAUGUCUUCGAACAGCACAUCAUCUCUUAUGAUGCAGACUCAGUGUUCUCGAAGUAAUCGUGGAAUGAACAGCAUCACGGCAAGCGCCCCGAUACUGUCCAAUUUGCUGAACACACCAGAUUCCUCACCUUGCUCCACUCCGCCAAACGAAGGCUUGGAAAAAUGUCGUGCUCUGGGUGAGAAAGGCGUAGUGUACGACCGCACCUCCAGUAGCGGUGUAUUGACCCCUGAGAUGUCGCCGCACAACAAUUCCGAUGGUAUGUUUAAAUUCCCACCGACUGAUGAUGCUUCUUUUAGACAUUUUUAUCAUAAUAACCAGUUUGCUAACAACCCGGCUAACAACAACAACAACAACAACAACAACAACAGCAGUGUUGGCAAUAAUAACAACAACAACUUGAUGGCGAAUAUAAGUUACAGCGAAAUACUUCGAAUGCAGUAUGGCCAAAACUCGGCCGCUGCUCGCUUUGCUUCCAACGACUGGAUAUGUUCGGUUCCAACCAGUUUGAGCCUAGAUUCCCGACCGGGCGACUGCACAAUGCUACGAAGUCUCAUUACACAGAAUCACGGCAUCGGUCCCCAGCGACGAAGCCCCUCAGUGGUGACGUCACAUAAUUCACCUAUCAGCAGCAUCGGUGGAUAUAGCAAUCAACUGCCACCACCUCCACCGCCUCCGCCGCUCGCAGCAGUUCAACAACAACAACAACAGCAACAACAUAUGCAGCAGCAGCAGCAACAACACCAAUUGCAUCAUCAUCAUCAUCAACAACAGCAACAACAGCAUUCUCUUCCUCCUCAUCUGAAUCAUUUUAGCAGUAAGCUCCAGCUGCAUUCAGCAGAGCAAGACCUUACAAAUUUACAGCAACAGAAUCACAUUCAACAACAACAACAACAGCAGCACCAUCUUGUGGCAACUGCAAAUCUACACCAUCAGUCUCCUCAUCCUCAGCAGCAACAGCAGCAGUCGCGGCAGAAUGGUCAACUAAGAUCCCAACAAGCUGUGGUAGAUGGAAAUCAAAGUCUUUUACAACCUAGUCCGUACAACACUGUAAUGCCACAAAAUUUGAUGACGUCACCAAUGAUGGAACUGCGGCCAAAUUCCGCCAUGAUGAACGGCGUUGCCAACAACGGCGUUGGUCACGUUGCUAAUGGAAACGGAGUGAUGAUGAAUGCAGUACAUGCAACAGAAUCCGAACUGGACUCUCUUUAUUUGUUUGAUCCUCCAGACGGUUCUGAAUUCGAUGAGAUUUUAAAUAACUGUGAUCCGCUGAAUGUUUCUACGAUCAACGAAGAGGUCGGGGUAGUAGGUGGCGUGCCGAACGUCGCUAAUUCAAACAUUAUGUCCGCUGGUGGACUGCCGAUGCAUAUGACACAACUGAAUUCUUCUUCGAUGCCACAGUCACAUAUGGACGCCAAUCGUCAGUAUUAUCCGUCGAUGCUUCCGCCAUCGUUAACGUCACCCAUGCAGCAUCAGCAGCAGCAACAACAACAACAGCAGCAGCAGCAACUCGCACCACCUCCAUACAACAAUACUUUGACUUUAGAAGAACAGCAUCAUCAUCAUCGCCAACAACAACAACAACAACAACAACAACAGCUUCAACUUCAUCAACAACAGCUAAAUCGAAACAAUAGCAACAACAAUAUCGUUAGCGCUACUGGCAACUGUACAACUCCUCCAACAACAAAUAACAACAACAACAACAACAACAACAAUUCGAACAACAGCAACAUCAACAACAUUAACAGCACCAAUGCUGAAUUUUCUAAUUUUUACGACGACGGAAAUUAUGAGUUUUCUUGCUAUCUUGUCUCGGCUUUUACUGUCAAUGAGAACGAUGAUCUUUUCGCAAGUUAGAGGAAUGCCUAAAAGACAGCAAUGACGACGACGACGACAACGAUAACAACAACAACAACAACAACAACAACAACAACAGAACACUACUGCUGUUGUAAGCCAUUAAUAACAACCUGAUUAGAAGCAGCAGAAAAAAAAAUAUCAAAACUGAAUAAUUAUAUGGAACUUAGUGAUAAAUUCACAAUGCGAAAAUCAACUAAAGAAAAGAGAUUAAGCUUGCGCAUGCGCAUGCACGCGUGCGUGUGUGUGUGUGUGUGUCUGUGUGUGUGUGUGUGUAUACUACGUAUAUAUAUAUGUGUGUAAAGAAGUAAAUGUGAUGUACAUGUGUGUAUAUAUUUGCAUGUAUAUAAUAAGUCAGUCGACUAAAUGGAAUGCUUGUAGCCUGUUAAAUGUUUGUAUAUGGGACCAACUAAAAAAAAAACUAUAAGAAAAAAAACAAAAACAAAAUGAAUAGAUAAAAAUACAAAAAUGAAACAAAAAAUAAUACCAACAAAUUGAAAAAAACAACAAAAACAAAUAAAUAUUUUAAAACAAAUUGGAGUCACAGAGAGACCCAAUAAAAGAAGAAAUGUGAAAACACACCAAAACCAAAAAUAAUAAAAGAAAAGAAAACAUGAACAAACCAAAGCAAUGCUCAUUAAAAAUACAGCAUUUUAGCAUUAGCUUAAUCCAGUGCUCAUUUCUCGAAUGGCUUAAUGGCUCAUACCGGAAGUACAUUAUUAUAACAGCAGCCAUUAUGGCCAGAGAUUCAAAGAGGUCAAAGAGAAUAUACUGAACACUCACACAUAUGUAAAAGAGAAAAUAAACAAUUUUAAUUUUAUUAUUAUAAUUAUUAUCCUUAUUAUAUAUAUAUAUCUGUACAGUAGUAGAUCUAUGCUACCAGCUAAAUGGUUAUACGCCAUGGAUUUCAUCAGAUCACGUAGCGGUUGCAUAUCACAGUCACACACUUAAUCACUUCUCCCUCUUUCUCUCUGUGUCAUCCUAUCACCAUCUAUUUUUUUUCACUUAAGUAUCUUAAUUGUUAAUUACCUUUGAAAAGCCAUAUGAUCUUAUUUCCCUUCUUAUUAGUAAACAAAAAAAAAUGUAUAUUCAUGGCUGCACACACACACACACACACACACACACACACACACACACACACACACACACACAAGAAAAGAAAACUAUAAUGACAGCAACAGUAAAGGAACUCAUGAAUAAAAUUAAAUAAUAAUAAUGAUUUUUAUGAAAUGACCAGGAAGAAUUACUUAGACAUUUUAAGUUUUAGGUGAUGAUAGGAAAACGAGGAAAGAAUCCUCCCUACACUACCUUCAACACAACCAUGAUUAACACGACGAUCAUCAUCAUCAUCAUCAUUUAUCGCCGACAAAACCUUUGGAAAGUACCAAUAAACCAAGAACUCACUAUCCUCCAUAUUACAAACACCGCUGUGUCAUCAUCAUUAUCAUCAUCAUCAUCAUGAUCAUCAUUAUCAUCAUCAUCAUCAUCGUCGUCAUCAUCAUCAUUCUUUAUGAUAUAUUACACUCAAAUAAAAAAAAUAAUCAAAAACAAGUAAAAAAAACAACUUUACAACAAAAUUUAGAAAAUAAAGAAAAACAAAACUAUAAUAUGUACAAAACCCCCCCCCCACCAAAAUCUGUUCACGUGCUUUUUGAAUCCACCCUCUCUUUUUUUGUUUUUGUUUUUUCAAUUAGCUGGAACAGAAUUGACUUGCUUGUUCAAUGAACUAUAUCUGAUACUAAAGGAUUGUGCAAAUCCAAACCAGAGACAAACACAGUCUAGGGAACGAGAAAAAGAGAAUUAAAAGUAAAUCAAUAAAUAAAAAU